UUAACAUGAAUAUGAUCAGGAUUACACCAUCUGUUUUUGACAAGCACCGUGAGCCCCCCUCCUCUCCUCUUACAGCUCUCGGUGGUGUUUCUGUCUGCCCGCAAUGUCUGAAAGCCACUGAUGAUAACAUUCGACUCCGGAAUAAGUUCCUGCAACCACGUCUCGGUGAAACACAUGAUACUGCAUUCUCUAUACUCCCUCUGACUCCCCACCAUUGCUCCCAGUUCGCCCAUCUUGUUUACUAAGGACCUCACAUUCCCCAUAAUGAUCGAAGGAAGAUAGGGUUUAAAACUCCUCUUCGCCUUUCGCGUCGCACCAGCCCUAAAGCCUCGGCUUUUCCUCCUCAGCUCCUCCGGAACUGAUGGCUUCUCUCCAGAAAUGUGUCGAUACCUCAGUUUCCUGUUUCUUGUUUCAGCAGUGCUGUUUAGGGAUGUUGUUUUCUCCGAGGUGUGCACCAAAACUGAUGUGAAGGACUGUAAUGACUGCAUAACCUCGGGAGCCUUUUGUGUGUGGUGUAAGAAACUGAAUUUCACCAAACCCGGAGAGCCAGACUCAGCACGUUGUGACACCAAAGAAGCACUAGAGAAGUUAGGCUGUCACAGUACAGACACUGUCAAUCCUAAUAGUUACCACACUCUGGAAAAGAACAUUUCUCUAAACAAUGGAAAAUCUCCUGUUCAGCUCGCACCUCAGGAAGUCAAAAUGGUGCUACGACCUGGCAGGUCAAACACUUUCUCUGCCGUAUUUAAGAGAGCACAAGGCUACCCAGUGGAUCUGUAUUACCUCAUGGACCUCUCCUACUCCAUGAAAGAUGACUUGAAAAAUGUAAAAACACUCGGAGAACACAUCUUAAAUGCUCUGAAGGAUAUUACACUUCAUGCAAAGAUAGGGUUUGGAUCUUUUGUGGACAAGACUGUUCUACCAUACACAAAUACCAACCCAGAGAAACUCAAGAAACCAUGCCCCCAAGAGGAACUGUCAUGUCAGCCAGCAUUUGGCUAUAAACAUGUGCUGAGCCUGACAAGUGAUGAAAAUCGUUUUAAUCAGGAAGUAUCGCGGCAGUUCAUCUCAGGAAACCUUGACAUACCUGAGGGAGGCCUGGACGCUAUCAUGCAAGCUGCAGUCUGUGGGGAUAAGAUUGGCUGGGGGAAUAAUACCCGCCUUCUGGUCUACGCCUCUGAUGCUGGAUUCCAUAUGGCUGGUGAUGGGAAACUUGGUGCCAUUCUUACCCCGAAUGAUGGGAAAUGUCAUUUGGAGAAUAAUCGCUACACCAAAAGUGAUGAACUGGACUACCCUUCUGUUGGGCAGCUGGCGCAGAAAUUAUCAGAGAAUAACAUCCAGCCCAUUUUUGCAGUGACAGAUAAUGUACAAAAUGUAUAUAAGGACCUAAGCACAAUGAUUCCAAAGUCUGCAGUUGGUGUGCUAUCAAGUGACUCCAGUAACAUCGUAUCUCUAAUUCAAGGUGCCUAUGAUAGUCUUUCCUCAACUGUAAUUCUAGAGCACAACCGACUACCAGAGAAUGUUAAAGUCACAUACAAAUCAAAAUGUAGUGAUGGUUCAGUAGCAAGUGGGGACAGAGGAAUUUGUAACAAUGUGAAAAUUAAUGAUGAGAUUAUUUUUGAGGUGACAGUAACAGCAGAGAAAUGCAUAGAGCCCCAGUCCUUUGAGAUCAGACCUCUGGGGUUCACAGAGACACUGACUGUGAAAAUAGAAACACGCUGUAAGUGCGAAUGUGAUGAAGCCUUGGAAACUAACAGUCCAUACUGCAGUGGGAGUGGAUAUAUUAAAUGCGGAAUAUGCGGAUGCAAUCAAGGUUUUAACGGCCAGAGGUGUGAGUGCAAAAUCGGAGACAAGUCCGAGAGAGACCUGACCCAGGCUUGUCAGCGAGACAACGGCACCAUCUGCUCGGGGUUCGGAGACUGCGUGUGCGGCAUCUGCAACUGCCACGCGAGCGAAGAUGGCCGAAAGAUCUACGGGAAGUACUGCGAGUGCGACGACAGGAGCUGCGAGCUGCACGACGGCAAGAUUUGCGGAGGUCACGGAAAAUGUGACUGCGGAAAGUGCAUCUGCGACCCUAACUAUGAAAGCAGCGCGUGCCAGUGCUUGAAAUCUACUGAGAACUGCAAGAACUCCCGGGGGAAUGUGUGCAGUGGCAGAGGCCGCUGUGAGUGCAACGUGUGCCAGUGCCAGGCAGGAUACAAGACUCCCUAUUGCGAAGAGUGCGCGGCCUGCCCGUCACCCUGCCCGAAAUAUGCACCUUGUAUUGAAUGUCUGGGGUUCAACACUGGCCCAUUCAGUAAGAAUUGCAGUGAGUCAUGUAGGAAUAUCAUCAAACAUCAGAUAAAGGAGGAUGUGGGAACUAAGAAGGUUUGCAAAGAAAAAGACACCGAAAACUGCUGGAUGAUCUUCAUAAUGAAGGAACUUGAUGGCCAGAAUAUGUAUGAAGCCUUGAUCAAAAAGGAAAGAGAAUGUCCUGAGCCACCCAACAUUGCUGCCAUUGUGGGGGGUACGGUAGCUGGAGUAGCCCUCAUUGGCUUUGCACUGCUGCUCAUCUGGAAACUGAUAACAUCUUGGAUGGACCUGAAGGAAUAUCAAAAAUUUGAAAAAGAAAAGCAGAAGCAGAAAUGGAGUAAUGCUGAUAAUCCACUUUUCAAGGGUGCCACCACAACUGUAAUGAACCCCAAUUUCUCUGGUGAAUGAACAUUUACAUAAUGUUAUUACAAAAAGAAACUACAUAAUUAAUUACAAAAUAAUGGUUCUUUUUUAUUCUUUAAACUAUUUGAAGCUUAAAUAAUAUACAGUAAUAUACUGUUGUAUUUGCAGUGCUACCACUGAAUGAUAAAUUCGUAAGAUUUUAAUUUGGGCCAAUUAAAAAUUUACAUCUAGCACAUAGCAGCUGUAAGAUGGUGCAUCAGUUUAACACCAUUAUAGUCUAAUACAAUAUAAUGUUUAAAAAAUAAAGAUCAGAAUUAUACUUAUUUAUGUAUAAAUAACAUUUUCACAAAUUUCUUUUGGUUAUUCCAAGUUAAAUGUUUGCUUUCUUAUUAUAAACAUACAAAGCAUCAUUGCACUGUAAUUGGGUUUUAUGCUUGCAUACUAUUUUGGAAUAUAAUAUUAUAUUGUUUAAUCUCUGAAUUACGUGGAGUGUUUUAGCAUUUUUUCUCAUAUGAAUGCUACCUUAUGUUAUGCCUGUACAGAUUCUGAAAAUGCAUCAUGCAUGCAUAGCAUCAGUCCAGAGUGCACCAUACAUUUUGAAUUAUCCUCUAGUCUACGAGUACCAGUGCAUGCAUCACCAGUCUGAUCUCCAUUCCUGAUAAAUUGAUAGCAGUAUGCAAAACAAAUAAUCAAAGCACACGUCCUAUGAAUGUAAUUCUUAGUUUCACAACUCUAGUCUCCUGAGGGUUCUGGAUUUUACCUAACCAACCUCCUGAUUGCUGAGGUAUAUUGAAACUUUAAUUGAACUAUUUUCUUUAUGUGCUAUGGUAACUAUAAACUUUUAAUAUUUUUCUAAUUCAUUAUAAAUACACAUUGUACAAAAACCACCAUAAUAAUUAAGCAUCCACACUUCUGUAGGGAUCCAACUCCUAUAAAUCCUGACAUAUACAGCAUACAGAAAGUGUACAUUUUAAAGAAGUGAAAUUUGGAAUUGGGUGGAACAGAAGCUAGAAAAGCAGGACUGAAAAGCUACUCUAUAUUUCCGAUGAAUUGUGGCACAGAAGUGGCCCACUGCCUUCUGUUUCCAGCUUUGUUUCACCUAGUAUUUGCAUUUGUCUAGCAACAGCACAAAAAUGAGGGGGCCUCGUUUUAUUUAGAAUUAAUUCUAUUAAAGUUUAGGAUUAGUACUUAAUGAAAAGAACAUGAAAAUGUUACAAACAAGCUGAUUGGUUGCUCGUGGCUUUCUAGAAUCUCUCCCAGCCAAUGAAGGAUUUCAGAAUAUCAAUUUGUACUAAAGAGGGCAGGGUAGAUUGUUUCAGAUUCUUGUACCCAUUUGCGUUAUGAGCAUUGGAAUUGAAAAACUGUCAGUAUAUAGACAUUUCCAGAAUAACUUGCAUUUUCUAAAUCAUUUAAGGGCAUGAGCUUAAUGUUGAUUCUUGGUGUUUGUUGAAUAAUUCUGCAGUGUAAAUGUAGGCCACUACUUAGAUUUUGAGAGAGCAACGGU